UUGUUUUUCUGCUGGAGCAGGUACAUGUAGGUGGGCGAGAAAAUGUCAAGGGAACCUCGAAGAGUGCUCCAGCACUGACUUGACCUAAUUAAGAGGUGGGUGCAGUAAAGCCAGCUCUGUGGAUAUAUAGACACUGCCCUCUGUUAUCCAGUGGAGCUGAUCAACGGCUGGGGUGGACUCUGACCUACCCAUGGGCCAUGUGAUUCCCAUCAGUGUAUGUAUGUAAGAACAGCCAAAGGAGGUCUGUCACUAACCUCUAUAUAAGAUGACAGCAAGUCUUAUUCAACGCCUCCGGGGACUGAAGAAACUUGUAUGACGCACAGCAGAGGUGGAACUAUUUGGGGAGACGGUUUCUUCUUCGUCAGACUUUCUUGGGACUGAUCCGGCUGCAGUAUGGCUCUGCUCAUCCACCUGCUGGCCUGUGCCUUUGGCCUGGGCUCUUGGGUGGCGGUGAACGGUCUGUGGGUGGAACUGCCGCUCAUCGUCAACACUCUGCCGGAGGGCUGGGAGCUCCCCUCCUACCUGACAGUCAUCAUCCAGCUGGCCAACCUCGGACCUCUGCUGGUCACCCUCAUGCACAAACUGUGCCCGGGUCGCCUUAAAGAGCACAUUGUCAUUUACUCCAUCCUCUCCAUCGGUGUCCUCUCCUGCAUCCUGCUCGCCUUCUUCUGGGAUAAGACGACGGUAGUGGCCGGGGCAUCACAUAGCACCGCCUUCUUCAUCAUCACCUUCUUCCUCUCUCUGGUGGACUGCACCUCCUCAGUUACCUUCCUGCCUUUCAUGAUGCAGCUUCCAGCCAAAUACGUCACCACUUACUUUAUUGGAGAAGGGCUAAGUGGUUUCAUUCCUGGCGUCAUCGCUCUGGCACAAGGGGUGGGCAUUGCCAAAUGUGUCAACUCCUCACAGACUGCAGGAAACAACACAGGCGAGAACAUGUGGUCAAUACACACGGUGUAUCUCCCUCCCAACUUUUCCACCGAGGUAUUUUUCUUCUUUCUAGCAGCCAUGAUGUGCAUAAGCCUGGCAGCUUUUGUUGCACUGAACAGGCUUCCUCGGACAUACGAGCUGUCCACCGAAAACCUCGUGCCAGACACUGUGGCAUCUGUCAGCUACGGCCUGGAGAACCCUGGAGCAGAGACCGAUGGAGAGGGUGUGAAAGGCCAGUGUGAGGAGGCAGCCCAGAGCAGGCGUCUGCUGGCUGCCCCAAAACACUCUGUGUAUCAGCUGACCUUCAUCUACUUUCUUGUGGUGUGGGUUAAUGCUGCAACCAACGGCCUGCUGCCCUCUGUGCAGACGUACUCCUGUAUGCCUUAUGGGAACCUGGCCUAUCACCUCUCUGCUGCUCUGGCAUCGGUGGCCAACCCAGUGGCGUGCACCGUUGCAAUGUUCAUUCAAAACAGGUCACUGGUCUUUCUCGGUGUCCUGACGGCGUUGGGGACGGGAUUUGGCAGCUAUAACAUGGCUAUGGCAGCUCUGAGUCCAUGUCCCUUGCUUCAGGGGUCUGUGGUGGGAGAGAUGAUCAUUGUGCUCUCAUGGCUCUUCUUCACCGGGACGCUGACUUAUGUCAAAGUAAUGGUGGGCGUCAUCCUGAGAGACAGGAGCCACAACGCCCUGGUCUGGUGUGGGGCCGCGGCACAGAUGGGCUCACUAGUCGGCUCGGUCACCAUGUUCCCGCUGGUUAACACCUACCAGCUGUUUAAGUCGGGAGACUUUUGCAACACGAAAUGUCCUUUAUGACGGUUGAUCUGAGACCUGCAGUACCGAGGAGGUUAAAGGAAUAGUCAGACAUUUGUGGAAAUUAGAUGAGAAGAUCUCUCACUGUGUGUGUGUGAGUUGAUUCCUUUAGCUUAGCUUAAAGACUGGAAGCAAAGGGAAACUGCUAGCCUAGCUCUGUCCAAAGGUAACAAAGUCUGCCUGCGAGCACCUCUCAAGCUUACUAAUUAAACCGCUGGGGUUUUAUGUCUAAAUCUAUUUCUUUCAUUUGUACAUUAUUGUUUGUGUACGGAUUAAAUAAGUUAAUUAGUGAACUUGGUGCUUGUAAGCUGACUUUAUACUUUGGACAGAGCCAGGCUAACUGUUUCCCCCUGUUUCCAGUCUUUAUGCUAAGCUAAGCUAACUGGCUGCUGGCUCUAGCUUCAGGUUUAGCCUACCAACAUGAGAACGGUAUUAAUGCUCUCAUCUAACUCUUGGUAAGAAAGUAAAUAAGCGUAUUUCCCAAAAUGUAAAACCACUCCUCUGAUGUUUCUCUGUAGGACAAAUCCAGCCUUUUGUUAAAGAAGACAUAUUUUUGCAUUUAUUUAAUUUCCUUUGCAGCUUUGUGAUUUUUUUAACCGUGUUUGUGUCAAAGUAAUUUAUAACACUAUGAUGGGAAAAGCUAUUAACUUGUAUAAAUAAUAAAUAUAAGAAAGUUCAA